UAACUCAUGUGAGUCCGUUUGGCUUUGCAGAAGCAGAGUUUUCUAGAACCUACCUGUCCAAAGUCUAUUGGGCAGCACUACAGAGCUCUACAAGGUGCACACCAGAAGAUCUGUCACAACCUUUACUAGGGAUUAGCAUCUGACCCAUGCUAGCUGUUUAACCUGUCUGUGUCGGUCUGGAGAGAAAAACUGGGCUGACAUUAACAACCGGGGGAGGGGGUAAUAAUAUUGGUCACCGGCCAUAAGUGAAUCGCUGCUUCAUAUCCAGUGGCUUUGGAGCAUCAUGUGUAUGAGGGUGAGCCAUGUGGAGUUGUGAGAACCUGCCCCCUUCUGUGACCUUGUUCUGAUGUCAUAUCCUGUUGGUAAAGGAGCUCCAGGGGACGUCCUCCAUGUGAGAGAGAAGAGCUCCCAGGGGAGCGGUUCUGUCAGCUCCUCCUCCCAUCUCCUCUUCUUUCUCUCCACCCUCCAUUCAUCACUCCCACUGAACAGGGCACUGCCUUUUGUUCAUGCUCGAGCCUUUCUCGACUUUGUUUGUGAGCCGAACCCUUUUUACCCAAAUCCCAUUUCUUAGUUGUCGGGGGAAGGGACCUGCUGAACUGGAAGGGGAUUUUAAUCACAGUUUCCCCUCCUUUGUUUCCUGUGAUGACUGCUGAUAAUUUAAUUAACGUGUAUACUGACCAGUCAUUUAACUGAGCUUAAAGUGAGCAGACUUAUUUGAUGGAAGAUACAAAAACACUUGUAUAAAUGUAUUUGUUGUUUCAUUUGUACAUAAAAAUAUGGAUCUUUUUUGAAUGCUACUGAGAGUUUAUCCGUCUGUCUCUUGGAGGAUGGAGCUGUUGGAGUGAUGUCUGCUAGGAUCUUCUCAGGAGAUUAGAAAACACAUGGAAGGAAGGGAGCAGCAUUGCACGAGACCCAGAUUGCUUUGAGCAAUUUUUUGUGUUGUUGAUUUGUGAUAAGGCUGAAGGAUCUUUUGUUUUUGGAUCAAAAUUACAAUAUUAGACAACACAAUCAUGUGAUCAGCAAAGCAACAUUUGUUUGCUUUGGUUCAGUCAAUUAUUUUACACAUCUAGGGUUUUCCCAGGUUUUAAUGGUGUUAAGGCAGCGUGCAGUGAGGCAGUUUUAGCUUGUAAGGACUGGGAUUUUAGUUUUCCAGUGAAUUAUUUUUUUUCGUGGUGCUAAAUUCAGUGUUUCGAACAAUAAUGUACUAAUGACUCUUCAUCUGUCCCUCAUUCAACACUGUUUGAGCUGUGAGAUGGAUGGACAGGCUAAUUCCUCAGCUUCUUGCAACAGCUGACAGGGAUUUACGGGAAUAACACUUUGCAGACUUGAAAGAGCAACUUCUCAUCUUUAAAAAGAUUUUUUCUCAUGGCACACGCCAUUGCUGAGUUUUGGCAAUUCGGAGUACAAAUGCAAAAAGCUUCAGCAUUCAAUGUUAAAGCUAGCCUAGAAAUCUAGACAGACAGUAGUACAAGUGGAGUUCUGGCUGCAGCGGCGGCCCAGUGAGUCAUGGCUGUGGAGGAGUGGAGCGUGGGCUCACGCGGCUCGGGAGUCCUGGCUCCGAUCACUGCCGUCUGAAGCUGUGUUUGUCAUCUGUGGAGCUCUCUGAGGGAGACCACAGAAACUCUGCAGCUGGUGAGUUGAUGCAUUCUACACUUUAGAGUCACUCAACCACAUCUUUCUACGUAAAGCACUCACAAACCUGCGUUAGCUUUGGUUAGCUCAGUUAGCUUGUAACCGCAAGAAUUGCCGCACUAAGAUCCUCAAAAUUCCGCUCUCAGCUCCACCUCUUGUCCAUUUUCGUAAUGUUUGGGAGUGUCGAGAUGUGUGACAUGUCCAAGAUGGCAGUGAUCCGAACUGCCCACUAGGCUUCAAGUCAAAGCCUCAGAAACCUCCAUCACAGAGGCUUUGUUUAUAUUUUUCUACAGUCAUUGAUGUCGGUCUGUCCACGCUGCAUUGAAAGCUCCACAGCCCUGGCCAGUCUGGUGGUUUGCCAAUCACAGCGUUCUGUCGGUUUGGUGGGCCGCAUUAGUAAAACAAUACUGGGGAAAACUGCACGCAUGUUUCCUGUUGAUAAACACAUUUGAAAGUAAUUCUUAUCAUUCAUUCUUUAAUAGCUUUUAAUAUUUUUAUGGUGUGAUAUUGUUUUCAGUUAUGUUUGUAAACGCUACUCUACAUUGUGAUUAUUGUGCCGAAGAUAAUUUAGUAGAAAAUCAUGAAUCAAAUUAAAAUGGGAAAGUCCAUCCAUUCAUUUUCAGCCCCUUAUCCAGAGUAGGGUUGUCAGGAUCGGGGAGGCUGAGCUGGCUUGGAGCGGGAGUUUGCUUGUGGCGUGACUGUAUGACCCUAGCACGGAGUAGCUGACGCUGGAUUUGACAGAACACGCAGUUUGAUCUAGGAACUGCGACGCCAUGCUGGGCAGCGUCGAGAUGGAGUCGCGGUUCCGGAAAGACGGAAAGGCCGACUUACUGAGAGUAGACAGCGUGGAUCGAUGAUUGUGGGUCUAGAUGGCUGGUGGGCCUGUGAGCUCGUUGACAAGAUUUGAAUCAACCGACGACUGAGUGCUGAUCUGGCGGGAGGCACUUCCUUAUAUGGAGUUUGGCUGGUGACGUGGUGUGGCUGCGCCAGUGAUAGGACUGCUGGGUAUCGGAGUUUGAUUGAUAGUAUAAUUCCCCUAGAGCUAUUUUUGCAAUUAUUUUCAUUUAAAAACAAACAAAAAAAUCAAAGUACGAAGUACUUUUAGUUGAUGGUGGAGCGUCACAUUUCUCCACACCAUCUAGUCCUUUGUUCGACAUCUUUAAGGGACACGAACAUCAGAAACCUACAAAUAUUUCCCCUAAGAAAACGCUAAAUAUACCAACAUGGGCCAAAUGAUGUUGGCUGUAGUCUUAAAUUGCGGUUUCUGUAAAUGUUUCCGUUUAGCCCCCACCUCUAGUCACCAAAGUGAAUCCUCUGUCUCCAUGUCCUACGAUCCUGUGCUCACAACACUUUGUGUUUUUGUGUCAGGGGCAGGGCAGACACUCUACCACUAGGCGUUUUGCUUCUCAUAGGAAAUCCAUAACUAUUAAAAGUUGUUCCCGAUACCUGGUUACAACUGGGAGGUGUAUGGUAUCACACAUGAAAACCUUUAUCUGAAUGAAAAAUGGCUGUUGCCUCUUUGCAGGUGGAAAGGUCUGAUGUCAUCUAGAGGUUUCAGUAGUUUUGCAAAGCAGUGGUAGCAGAGCUUCCUUCACAUUAAAAAGUUGAGUUCAUCUAACUGAUUUCAGCCAGAGUGCUGAGGGUGAAGAGGUCAAUCCCUCACUCCCUUAUCUUAUGCUGCAGUGGAGAAUUAGAGUUUUUGUUGACUUUUGGAGGUGCAGGUAAUCUCCACCGUCGCUACAGGACGCCAGGAAACUGUUCUGUACAGAAAACGGUUAGCCACUUCUUCGUUUUUAAUUUGAUCCAUUCCAGCUGUUUGAGUUUGUAAUAUUUCCACAGUUGCACUUGUAGUUUGGAACUAUGUGUGGUGGAGAAAAUGCUAAUGCUAAUCACAUUCAAACCUAAAGUUAGCACAAACUGAAGCUUGAAUAAUCCAUGUAAGAAACUUGAGGAAACCAGAAGAGCUCCGUCUCACUCAUUAGGGUCUUUGUGAAGACGGCAGCGACUGAGGUCAUUUCUUUCUCCUACCCACAAACAGGAAACCUCUCCCCCACCUAGCUAUGUGCAUGGUUUCACUUCCUUUCAUUAUUUGACUAACAAAGUUGUUUUCACAUUUUCGUCCACAGGGAAUCACUUUGGUAAGCCUCUGUAGCUAUUUAUGUCUUGGAUAGAUCUCAUCUUUCUUUUUAAGUUAUAAAGAUCCUUUUUUCUCAGGAUCCUGCAGGAAUGUGAGGUCGUUCAUCUGAGGUUCACUGAAGUUUCUCAGGGUUUCACUGACGCUAACUCAUAAAGAUGUGUCAGUUUACCAAGUAAAGGUUGCAUAAUGCUGCUGUGUACAUCAGUGUAUCAGCUUUCCCAUAUGGUAGGGUUUUUUAAAUGCACCACAGGAACUGCAUGCUGCAAUAAACAUACUGUCUGAAGCUAAAACCACCCAACUGCAUUUAACCUGCUAUAAAUGGAGAAAUCGCAUGACAAAGGAAUACUUAUGACACGUUUUUUUAUCCCUAAUUGUGCACUUACGAAUGAAACUGGGGAUGUCAGAUGGUAGGCCAUGCAGAUAGCCAGAUAGCCAAUUAGAACAGUAGCUUGGUGACAGCCCGGAGGGCUCUAAGAAAGAGUAAAAUCCCAUUUGUCAGUGAAAUUUGUUCUCCGCACUUGACCCAUCCCUUGGGGGAGAGGUGAGCUGAGGUGGUUUAACCCAUCGAUGCAGACUUGGACAAAGGGUAUUACCCACAAUCCUCUGAAUGUUUUAGACUAAGCUACAAAGAAUGGAAAUUUAUUUCAAACAAUUGUUUGGUUGCUUGUUUGAAAGUUGUUAAUAAAGUUUUUUUUUAAAGUAGCACAGCGACCAGCAUCCCUGCAUGCAUUGCGGUCAAUGACGCAUUACUCCCUGUCUCAAUUAGGCUAUUAUUUUCACACGAAUGUACCACACACUCAAAUCCUUACUGCACACUUUUUCCAAGUGCACUUCACAGUAGACCGUAGGGCGCAGGGCGGGUGUUGAGAUUGGGCCAUGUACUUCCUAAAACGGGUUCACUGGAGCUUUUUUUCUUCCAAAGAACGAUUUACUAGGCGUUCAUUCCUACUAGAGACCACUGCAGAUGUAUUAAAAGUAAAGUUGGCCUUUAAAUGGACACAAACAUGGUAUUGUCACUAAUCUUUUCUAGUGUUUUUUGAAUGUUUCUGUUUUUUACUGCAGUUGGAAAUGUAUUGGCUUGUUUUUGCUGCUCAUCUUGGCCAAGACACGAUUUAAAAUAUGUUUUAUAAUCUCAGUGAAUUUUCUUCCUGGAUAAAUAAAGAAUAAAUGAAUAAAUGUCUAGCUUUGUAAAAAUAAACUUCUAUAAAUACCAUGCUGAAGUGAGGAAGUGGACAAAUCCAUUGCUAAUAAGACUCAGUCAGUACUGACUCCUGCUGGUAAGAUAGGAUAACAACAUCCAGAUCCUGGCUCCGGCUGCCUUUCACUCAUCCUCUGAAGGGUCUGUCUGUUCUCUGAGAUUCUACGACUCGGCCACUAAAUCCAGAGGCUGAAUGAGCGCGACAGGCUGUUGCCAUGGUGCACUUCCUGGGUAUGAGGUUGUUAUUCUGUGGUUAAACACAAGCAGUGAUGUCAUACUGAAUGAGUCAAUUAUGGGAGGAGAGAAGCAGCUGGCAGAAAACACAUAGUUUUGUUUAAGUCAGCUCAUGUUUUUACCAGUGAUCAGGUAGGAUGGGGUGUUUGGACGCAUGUCCCAUCAUGUCUCCGUCCUCACAACCCAGAGUGUGGACCUCAUUAUAACAAGUAAAACUCAUGCAGUUGUCAGAAUAUGUUCUUGUUUUAACAGAAAUCCCAGUUGAAGAGAACAUGACUUGUUUGAUUUAUGUCCUUCACCCUCUUCAGCAGGUUCAGAUGACUGAUAAACAUAAUGUUGUGAUGGUCGUGCAAAAAUCUGUUCUAUCUUCACUGUUGCUUCAAAACCUAUUGAAAGAUUUCUGAACCAAACAGUGGCUCAUUGGAUGAUUUAGAGGAGGAGAAUUUCUGCCUUUCUUUAGUUUUUGUUGUGCUUCUAAAACUCAGAAGUCUUCGGGUGUCUUCCUGUGCCAAAAGCAGGUUUUUGAAGGGUUUUAUGGUCAAACUAAAAGUGUCCUGGUGGAGCUCUGGGGUUACCUGUUGCUGUGGCGAUGGAAGAGGAUAAAAAGGACCUGUUUGAGUUUAGCUCUGCUAGGCCUGCUCUGCUCUGGGUGUUUGUACAAGAUCAGCGUUGUUAGAGAGCGCAGCACCCCCACCAGCUCUAAAGCUGGGAGGGUGGGACGGCCCCUGUGGUUUUCGUCACCGGCGGCGGCAUGUCAGGCAUGACGGACCAGUUUGGCUCGGGUCUCUCCUCUCCACUCACCCCUCCCUCCUUUCCUCCCUUUUUGUCUCACACACUCAGUCGUCCUCUAAAACUUUACUGCUCUCUCUCUCUCUCUUGCUCUUCCUGUUUGUCACCCUCCUGGUUCUCUCCCUCUGUCCUCUCUGUCCCCUCUGUUUCCCAGUGGAAAAUGUGACUGAAGAACGUUGGUUGUCGGGCUUCAGGCACCAUGAAUGUGUGUAACGGGACUGACCUGCCUGAACUUGAGAUUAUCAGCAUAUUGGAGGAGCAGCUGCCCGUCUACAAGCUCAGGGCAGACUCCAUCUUUGGUUAUGAGCAAGAUGAUUGGCUGCACACGCCGUUCGUGGAUCCAGACGCCGCUCUCGACCUGACUACUGAACAGAUUGAAGAGACCCUUAAAUACUUCUUGCUGUGCGCUGAUAGAGUGGGCCAGAUGACAAAGACCUACAGCGACAUAGAUGCUGUCACUCGACUGCUGGAAGAGAAAGAGCGAGACUUGGAGUUAGCGGCUCGCAUCGGCCAGUCGCUGCUGAAGAAGAACAAAGCCCUCAGUGACAGGAAUGAAGUGCUGGAGGAGCAAAUCGAGCACGUGCGAGAGGAGGUGUCUCAGCUGCGUCAUGACCUGUCCAUGAAAGAUGAGCUGUUGCAGUUUUACACCAACGCUGCUGAGGAGAGCGAAGGGGAGUCUAACACCUCCACCCCCGUGCGACCCAGUGAACCCAGUGUGGCGGCUCCAGCCUGUUUCCCUGUGGACUCCUUACAGAAGAAACUCAAAGAUUUGGAAGAGGAAAACAAAUCUCUGCGAUCUGCGGCGAAUCAUUUAGAGACUGAAACGAUCUCCUACGAGGAGAAGGAGCAGCAACUUGUCAAUGACUGUGUCAAAGAACUGCGCGGUGCCAACCUCCAGAUUUCCUCUCUGGCAGAAGAUCUGGCCAGGAAGACUGAGGACGCUUCCAGACAGCAGGAGGAGAUCACACACCUCCUCUCUCAGAUAGUGGAUCUGCAAAAGAAGGCCAAGCUUUAUGCCGUGGAGAACGAAGAGCUGACUCAGCAUUUGGGAGCAGCCAAGGACGCGCAGCGACAGCUCACUGCUGAGCUGCAGGAGUUGCAGGACAAGUAUGUGGAGUGUAUGGAGAUGCUUCACGAGGCUCAGGAGGAGCUGAAGAACCUGAGGAAUAAGAAUCUGCCGCUCAGCACCCCGAGGCGCUUCCAUUCCCUCGGCCUGUUCCCGAUGGACUCUCUGGCAGCAGAAAUCGAGGGCACCAUGAGGAAGGAGCUCCAGAUGGACGAUCCAGAUGUAGAAGAACAGAGACUGCACCCGAAGCGCGUGUUCCAGACGGUGAAAAACCUCAACCUGAUGCGGCGCUCCCCCGCCGCCCCCUCCCCCCUCAACAUCCCAGGCUCCAAUCAGACCUCCUGCCUUAACUCAGGGCGCUCCAGCAGGGUGGGCACGCCUCCAUCCAACUCCAUCUACGGGAGCGAAACAGGAAGCGGGAUCAUCCUGGACAACAGGACGAGCAGCAUUCUGGAGCGUCCUGAUGACGGGCCAGAGGACUCUAACAAGCGCCCCCCUGGGACUCCAGGGACCCCGGGCAGCAGAGACCUGGAGGCGGCUCUGCGUCGUCUGUCCCUCCGCCGCGACAACUACCUCUCUGAAAAACGCUUUUUUGAGGAAGAGAGGGAGAGGAAGCUGGCUUUCCUCGCUAAAGAGGAGGAGAAAGAAGGGGGGGAGGGCAGCAGAGGCGCGGGGACACCCACAGAGAGUCUUCUGUCGUUCUGCUCUCAUCCGUCCUUUGGAAGCGUCUGGUCGGGAUUCUCCAUCACAGCUCGCUCCUACCUGCCAGAGAAGCUGCAGAUUGUAAAGCCGCUAGAAGGCUCUGCUACUCUCCACGCCUGGCAGCAGCUGGCUCAACCCCACAUGGGCGCUCUGAUGGAUCGCCGGCCCGGCGUGGUCACCAAGGGCUUCUGCACUUUAGCACACGAGCAGGAACAGGAAGUCAGCUGGGAUCUGGACCAACCAGAGGAGGAUGAAGUGUCAUGUGACUCCUUUACCGGCUCGGCUCCACCCAGCCCGCUCCGCUCUACCUCUGUCUGCUGUAACAGAACACUUUGCACCGACAGCAGCAGCCGCUUCGAAGAACUCGGGGAAAUUUGUGGUGUAGUUGAAGGAAACAUGCCCCCUCCCGUUUCCAGCUCCUCUCCUUUGCCUCUCGCCUCCCCCUCUUCAGAGAGCAACAGGCACAUGGACCUCAAGGAGCUCCCCGGCCUGCAGCCAACCUCUCUGGACCACAUGCCUGUAUAUUUCCCAGGGAAGUCCUCGUCUCACACCAGCUCCACUUACACCUUCACCACCUGCAGGAUCCUCCACCCGUCUGAUCAGCUGACCUCUGUCUCACCCAGCCCGGCUGUGGCCUCGUCUCCGAGCAGCACUAACUUCAACACGCCCUCCCACUCUCCCUCUCCUGUACCCUUCUCAGCUCCUCCUACACCCUCGUACACCCCCUGCUGCACCCCACGCCGCCUCUCCCUUUCCCAGUCCUCCACCAACCUUAGGGACUCCACCAAGACCACCAGCACCUCUCUAGGCCUAGUGCGCCUCCUGCUGGAGCGGGGGAUCUCUGCCUCGGUGUACAACCCGUGCAGCUGGGACCGAGCGCUGGAUGCUGGUGGGGCUUCAGCCGUCCUGGGAGGAGUCCCGGCGCAGGUGUGCAGCAUGAGAUCUGUGGAGGGUGAAAUCAGGAAGUCGAUGAAGCGACCUGACACCCUCCUCCUGCAGCCUUCCACUCCACCCAGCUCACCUCGCUCCAGAUCUGCUUCCUUUGCUGCAGCUAGCCCUGAGUUUCAAUUCAGCCCUCUCAAAGACGACCCGCCGUAUUAUGACGCCUUCCUCGCCUCUAAGCCGGCUCGCAUCAUUCUGAGGGAGGUGUUGGGUGAUUUGGAGAGAGAGCGCGGCAUCCAGGAGGACGAGGACAGCCAAAGCGAGGUGACAAACCUCGGACUUGUGGACAAGCUGAAGCGUUUCCGAACACUCUCCCCUCUUUCGGCCUCGGCCUCCUCCAGCAGCGCUCUGUUGGCCCCCUUCGGCUCCUCCGGCCUGGGGAGCAGCGUGCUGGGCGGAGGGCUUCCAGGUCUAAAUGCAGGACUGAGGAGGAACCGGAGCUAUCCGGCCAUGGUGGGGGCCAGCAUGGCCAUGAAAGACCCCGGUGGCCCGCCGUGCACGCUCAUACCACAAACUGUGCACGACACAGAACACAAAGAGGAAAGGGACAAAGAGACUGAGUGGGUGGUUCAGAAGGCCGUACGCGUCCCACAGACGUUACACGCUCUGGAGGCGGUCGUACGGAGACACGCACGACCCGACUGUUCCUACUCGGCGCCACAGGAGCGCCUCGGUCAGGAAGAGACCGGAACAUAGAGGGAAUGCAUAUUUAGCCACACAGCUGUUGUCCCUGCCUUCCUUCCUCUCAUUUACUCUGUUACUCUUCGUACUGUCUGUGCAAUAUCAGUGAUUAUAUUAAAGCCCCAAUCUGGUGCACCGUGUUCUUGAUGAGGAUGAAAUCCUGGCCCAUUUUAUUCUCGUUCCAUUUGUUUAAAUGUGCCAAAAGUGGAAAAUGACAUCAAAGCUAACCAAAUCCAAAACCUUGAGUUUCGUGCUCCGGCCCAUUUCUGAUUUUUGAGAAUGAAACGAUCAACACUGUGGCAACGACCCCAAGUGACCCUUUAUCUCUGUACCAGGAAAUGAAUCCAGGUUGGGGCUUUCGUAUGUCCUCCAGCUGUGACUGAAUGUUCUAAUGUGCCUAAAAACGAAACCACCGAAUCUCAUCGCAAUAGAUCAGUUUUCAUUUGUGACACAGAAUGUGCAAUAGAGGUGAGGAAAUGAGAGUGUGUGUGUGUGUGUAUGUGUGUGUGUGUGCGUGCACGUGUGUGUGUGUGUUUGAAAGGGAACAAGCCAGACCUGCAGAGAUCAGCUAGUUUCUCUUUAAUCUUCCACUUCGGCCUGUUCUCCUGUGUGUGACGACAUCGGUGAGGAGAGGUGGAGGACGGCCAUGGUGUAUUGCAUCAUCAUCAGUGUCCACCAGCAGGAGAUGCAUCAUAAAGUCCAUAUGCUGCAGACACGACUGAAACUUUCCUACGAGAAGUGACGAAUCAGCAGAAAGUCUGAGUGAACGCGGCUCUGGACCAGUGAGCUGGCUGGAACGAACGGAUGGUUUUUAUUUUAUGACUUUAGAAGCUCGGAGGAGAGCGUGACUCAUUUGCACAUUUAAGAUAAGGAUGUUUUCAGACUGUUGUGGAUGUCUGGAGUCAUUUUUACUGAGCAGUACAUAUGAAACUUUUUUUAUUGGAAACAUUUCCUUUGCAAACAGCGACGGGUAUUAUUCACCGUGCGUCGGCUCUGGAUGUUCAUUCAUGUCAAAAAUGCAUUUCUGUUGGAGAAGAAGGCUGAAGUGUGUGUGUGUGUGUGUGUGUGUGUGUGUGUGUGUGUGUGUGUGUGUGUGUGUGUGUGUGUGUGUGUGUGUGUGUGUGUGUUUCCUUGCUUCAUACCUGAAGUUCUUCCAGUCAUCCUGCUUGUAGGAUCAUAGGUCUGUGGUUUAUGUUGACCUCCUAAAGGGAGCUGUUAUUUCAUAGUGCUGAACAUGUAUACAACACACACACACACACACAGUAAUGUAAUAAUUCAGUUGAGUUGUUAAUCUGGGGUAAGAAGAGGAGCCGCUGCUUUCGUCAGGGACUGAUUGUUCAGAAUAAAUUAUAAUGUCAAUAAAAGACUAAAUCCAGAA